CUGCGCGUGGAGACGGAAUAUACAUGUGUAAACGCGCGCGCGUGUUUGUGUGGCGGACUGGGCUGUGAUGAAGAAGAGGAUCACACGCGCCAGUCCUCCGCGCGGCUUCAGUCCUGUUUACAACACCGGACGAAACGAACGUCAGUGCAGUAAAAGUUGAUUUAUUUUUUUAUUUAUUUUUUUUUUUUUCUCUCACCAGCAGAAGGAAACUUAAGAAGGAUUGCUUGGAGCUCCUCGUCUGACUGACUGACUGCUGCUGCUGCUGCUGCUUGUUUUGAUCCAACUUGCACUACUUGACUGGACGUAAUGGCUUUUCCACGCAGAAGGUUACAGGAGCCUUCAGCCGGGAUAUAGCGGAGGACGGAGCCGCUCAACGCCGCAGCUGUAACCGCCUCGUUCCCUCAGCAGCUCGGCUCGUCGUUAAACAGUUCGUGUUGAUGAAACUCUGCUGAACAUCUGAGCGUCGGUGGACCGUUUAUGAUGCCUCCCGCCUGGAGGUAGCUCUUUUUUCUUUCUUUCUUUCCUUUUUUCUUUUUCUUUUUUUUCGCACCGCAUCACAGCCCCUCACACCAGCGAUGACUAUGAGCUCUAUAUCGGACGCGUUAGUCUCGGCUGAUCCUUCAAAGUCGGCGUUUUUGGAGUUCGGCGGCCACGGCUACCCGGGACACCAGCAGCCCCCCUCGGGCCUGGCCCACAACCAUUACCCGGUCCACAGUCUGCACGCUGUCGGGGGCCACGGUCAGCACGACGGGCCCUUCGCGGCCGGAGCCUCCUCGUACGGCCGCUCGCUGGGUUACCCGCCUUACCACGCUCCGGUGAGCUCGCAUCAUCCCGGGACUUACCUGCCCUACCAGCACGGCGGCCACGGCGGCGCGCUGGGACACACGAGGCUAGAAGACACUGAACACGAGAAGCCCACAGCGGUGAUAGAGAACGGCGAGGUGAGGCUGAACGGGAAGGGGAAGAAGAUACGGAAGCCCCGGACCAUCUACUCCAGCCUGCAGCUCCAGGCCCUCAACCAGCGCUUCCAGCAGACGCAGUAUCUCGCCCUGCCCGAGAGGGCCGACCUCGCAGCCAAACUGGGCCUCACACAGACCCAGGUGAAAAUAUGGUUCCAAAAUAAACGGUCAAAGUACAAGAAGAUCAUGAAGAACGGUCCUUGUGGAGCCGAGGGAGAUCACCUCGCCCCGCCGCCACCAGCCUCCUCCUCUCCAUGCUCUCUGUGGGACAUCAGUAUGGCUGCCAAAGGCCCGCCUGUCCACUCUGGAGGAUACAUGAACAAUUUUGGACACUGGUACUCUGGACAUCAGCAGGACACCAUGCCAAGGACUCAGAUGAUGUGACUGACGGAACAGAUGCCAGACCUCUUGGAUCAGUUGUGGAUAUUAUACCAGCAUGCUGAACUGGAAAGUACAUGGCUACAUGUGCGUUACAUUGCUUACAGUCUGAGCCACUUUGGAGGUAAAAAUAGUAUUGAGUGGCACAUCCUGCUCUGCCUAAGAAGACAUAUUGAGCAACUUCUUGCUGAACACUGCAGCCCUGCCAACACAGGACGAUUAAAGGAGUUCAGGAGCUGCUGAAGUGUCCCUUUGUAGCUGUUGCUGAAAUACACUUAUGGACAUGCAAUGUGUGUUUUUCCACCAAAACGUAUAUAAAAAAUAAUUGUUUUUUUAGGGCUUUCUAAUAUUUUUUUUUAAGAACUGUAAUAAUUCAGUUAACCUACUUGUUGCGGAUGUGGACAGUUUGAAGAGCUGAAUGAAAUAAAGAGUUCAUGGGGAGCUGAA